UUUCUUCACAAUUUUUAUUAAUAAGGAAAAAUUAUUUUAUAGUGAGAAAUUUAUGUUUUUAUUUUUCUGAAUACGAUAAAAUGUUUUCCAUUAAGUUGCAUGAAUUUUGUGUUUUAUUACUAUACGUAAUUGUUGUGUUUGUUGGAGCUCCAAAUGUUUCUACGCAAAGAAAUGCAGCAAUUAUUAAUAGCAUUUGCGAAAAUGAUGGAUGGCAACAUUUUACUGACGUAGAGUCUGUAAAAUAUGAUAAACAAACAUUUGAGUUUAGUCAUAUUACUAUAAAUUCCGAUAGAUUUUCGAGCAAUAAAAAAGUGCAAGCCGCUGCUUUAUUUCUACUUUGUACAUACGCUAAUGAUUUAAAAAAAAUAUUUUCUAUGGUUAUUUAUUAUUGUCAUGAAUGUCAAGGAGUUUUUAUUCAAGAAAAAGAUCCCUAUGAAUGCACAAGUGAUUUAUUGAAAAUAAUUAAGAAAAUAACUUUAUUGGCAACAGUCAUGAAAGAAUCGUUGAUUUCUUUAGAUGCGUUAUAUGGUACUCCUUUAAAAUCCACAUUAGAUGAUUAUAUAUUAUAUUGUUAUUUGUCAAGUUUACAAAAAGUAGAAAAUACUAUUUUUCGUGAAGCUCCUUCAGAAAAUAAUCCAAAUACUUGUAAUCAAAUCUUAGAAAACAUUAAAUUUAUAUUUCCGAAUAUGAUAGAAGAUAUUAAUCGUGAAAUACAAGUAAAACCAAAAAUAUGUCACUUUAAAAUUCCCAGUGCAAAAACGGAAGAUUAUAAGAAAGUAUAUACAAUAAAAAAUAACCAAAAAAAAAAUUUUAAUUUUGAAAAUUUGAAGAAAAAACUAGAUAACGAAAUUAAGAAGAUUGUUAUAGAAAAGUAUUACAAGUUAGGCUUCUAUUUUAACCCAGAAAUUCAGAUGAUUGAUGUACCGAUACCACAAGAAGUUCUUGAUAAUAAUCAGAUGAAACCGCCAACCACCACACCUUAUUUAGUCGAAAUAGGUAAUUGUCAUAUACGAAAUAUUUAUUGUUAGCUCUCAUAACAUUUUUUAAAAUAUAAUGUUAUGUGUUUAUAGCAUUAUUUUUUUAAAUUUCUCUUUUCUUGGCUUUAUAUUAAGGCUAAAAAAUGAACAUUUUUUACAGAAAUACAAAAAAAAAAUAGCUAAAUUAAAAAUUAUAGUUUAAAUUUAAACAAUUUUAUUUUUAUGCCUUUUUUAUUCUGAUAUUUAUUUUUUUUAAAUAUUUGAAAUUCAUUCGUCGUAAAGUAAUUUUUAAAUAUUUUAUUGUAUAAUAAGAUAUAUACAUCAAAAUGUAAAAAGUUGUUGCAGAUUAUAAUAUGCCGAUACCUUGUAAAUAAAAUAAAAUACAUUUUGUUUGAUGUCACCAGUGGUAGAGACACAUUAGUAUGUCGAAGAAUGUUACCUUAGAAUUAAGGAAAAUUAUUAGAUGUGGAAAAUAUGAGAUACACGUGAAUAUUGAAAUAAUUCAGGCAAUAAAAUUAUUCUUGUUUAUUAUUCCAUUAUAGAG